AUGGCACCCGCCGCCGCCGCCGCCGUGAGGCGGGUCCACUUCGCCAGCUCCUGCCCGUCGGCCGGCCGGCGGUUCCACGGGAGGGCGGAUCGCGUCUCGCUGGCUCCCCCCGCGGCCUCGCCGCCGCGCGUUUCAUGGGAGCAGGGAUCCGGGGUGCCCAUCAGGGGACGAGUCUGGGCGAGGGCCGGUGGUUCGUUCGAGCAAGAUCGCAUCGGGGUGGGCGCUGCGUCACAUUCUCCCCCUCAGGGAGUGGAGGAGGGCAGAGUUGAUUUUCUCAAGAUUCUGAAGAGUGCCAACUCCGUUAUCCCCCAUGCAGUGCUGGGGAGCACCAUUCUUGCACUGCUGUACCCACCUUCGUUUACAUGGUUCACAACCAGAUACUAUGCACCGGCAUUGGGGUUCUUGAUGUUUGCUGUAGGUGUCAAUUCAAGCGUUAAGGACUUCAUUGAAGCAAUAAAAAGGCCAGAUGCUAUCGCUGCUGGCUAUAUUGGACAGUUUAUUGCCAAACCUUUCUUUGGAUUCCUCUUUGGCACACUUGCAGUUAAUACUUUCAAUCUUCCUACUGCUGUAGGUGCUGGGAUCAUGUUGGUUUCAUGUGUGAGCGGAGCACAAUUGUCAAAUUAUGCAACGUUCCUGACAGAUCCACAUAUGGCUCCCCUCAGCAUUGUUAUGACAUCACUGUCGACAGCUAGUGCGGUUUUUAUUACCCCAACUUUAUCUUACUUGCUUAUCGGCAAGAAAUUACCUGUUGAUGUCGUAGGAAUGAUGUCCAGCAUUGUCCAAAUAGUGGUUGCUCCAAUUGCAGCUGGAUUGCUUCUGAAUAGAUUUCUCCCAAGACUCUGUUCGGCUAUUCAGCCAUUUCUCCCUCCACUAUCGGUGUUUGUGACUGCUUUAUGUGUUGGCUCACCAUUGGCUAUAAAUAUCAAGGCUGUUUUGUCACCAUAUGGACUAUCCAUUGUGUUUCUGCUUUUUGCAUUCCAUACAACAUCUUUUGUAGCUGGGUAUCAUCUUGCUGGUACUUGGUUCCGCAAGUCACCUGAUGUGAAGGCCCUGCAAAGAACGAUAUCUUUUGAGACAGGGAUGCAAAGUAGCCUUCUUGCUCUUGCUUUAGCAAACAGGUUCUUCCCAGACCCUCUGGUGGGAGUGCCUCCAGCAGUAUCAGUUGUGCUGAUGUCCCUGAUGGGGUUUGGUCUUGUCAUGUUAUGGUCCAAGAAAACACAAGCAUAG